GGGCACGAAACGCAGGGAGCUGCUGUAGGGUCGACGAAUAAUUGGAGAUGAAGAAGAUGGAAAAUAAACCAGCGGUUUUAGAAUUGUAGCGGUAAAUUGAUAAUAGAACAAUUAUUUGGAGCCUCGCUUUAAAGCGAAUGUUAUAUGAGGACCCUUGGAGAAAGUGCUUUAAUCGCAGUGAGGUAGCGAAUGUAGGGAGAGCUGGGGAGGGCUGUAGCUGCUGGUUUUUUUUGGAGAGGGAAAACAACAUGGCUGCGGUGGAGCUCGAAUGGAUCCCAGAAACACUGUACAACACGGCAAUCUCGGCUGUGGUGGACAACUACAGCCGGUCAAGAAGGGACAUACGGUCGCUCCCAGAAAAUAUACAGUUCGAUGUAUAUUAUAAGCUUUACCAGCAGGGCCGGCUCUGCCAGCUGGGAGGAGAGUUCUGUGAGCUGGAGGUGUUUGCUAAAGUACUGCGAGCUUCAGACAAAAGACACCUCCUGCACCACUGCUUUCAAGCGCUAAUGGACCACGGUGUGAAAGUGGCCUCGGUUCUGGCGAACUCCUUCAGCCGCCGCUGCUCCUACAUCGCAGAGUCUGACGCCCAUGUCAAAGAGAAGGCCAUCCAGUUCGGCUUUGUGCUCGGUGGCUUCUUGUCGGAUGCUGGCUGGUAUGGAGAUGCAGAGAAAGUGUUUUUGUCGUGCCUGCAGCUGUGCACGCUCCAGAGUGAAGUCCUCCACUGCUUCAGGGCUGUAGAAUGCUGUGUCAGGCUCCUUCAUGUCCGUAAUGGCAACUGUAAGUACCACCUGGGGGAGGAGACCUUCAAGCUCGCUCAAUCCUACAUGGACAAACUCGCCAAACAUGGCCACCAGGCCAACAAGGCAGCGCUGUACGGCGAGCUGUGUGCCUUGCUCUUCGCCAAAAGCCACUAUGAUGAGGCAUACCGGUGGUGUAUAGAGGCCAUGAAGGAAAUCACUCCAGGGCUGCCUGUCAAAGUAGUGGUUGAUGUCCUCCGGCAAGCUUCUAAGGCCUGUGUGGUGAAGAGAGAGUUCAGGAAAGCCGAGCAGCUGAUCAAACAUGCAGUGUUUUUAGCGAGAGAACAUUUUGGCCACAAGCACCCCAAAUACUCCGACACGCUUCUAGAUUACGGAUUUUACUUAUUAAACGUAGACAACAUAUGCCAAUCAGUUGCUAUAUACCAGACGGCACUGGACAUCCGACAGUCUGUGUUCGGGGGGAAGAACAUCCACGUUGCCACCGCCCAUGAAGACCUCGCCUACUCCUCAUAUGUGCACCAGUAUAGCUCUGGGAAAUUUGACAAAGCACUAUUUCAUGCAGAACUUGCCAUAGACAUCAUAACUCACAUUCUUCCCGAGGACCAUCUGCUGCUGGCCUCCUCCAAAAGAGUCAAAGCUCUGAUUCUGGAGGAAAUCGCCAUCGACUGCCACAAUAAGGAGACAGAGGAGCGCCUCCUUCAAGAGGCUCAUGACCUUCACCUGUCCUCCCUGCAGCUGGCCAAGAAGGCCUUUGGAGAGUUCAACGUCCAGACCGCCAAACACUACGGCAACCUGGGACGACUCUACCAGUCCAUGAGGAAGUUCAAGGAGGCGGAAGAGAUGCACAUCAAAGCCAUCCAGAUCAAGGAGCAGCUUCUGGGCCAUGAGGACUACGAAGUGGCUCUGUCUGUGGGUCACCUGGCCUCCCUCUACAACUACGACAUGAACCAGUACGACGACGCAGAGCGGCUCUACCUGCGCUCCAUCGCUAUCGGUAAGAAGCUGUUUGGAGAGGGCUACAGUGGGCUGGAGUACGACUACAGAGGCCUGAUCAAACUCUACAACUCAGUGGGAAACUACGAGAAGGUGUUUGAAUACCACAACGUACUGUCCAACUGGAACAGGCUGAGGGACCGGCAGUUUGCCGUGGCAGACGCCCUGGAGGACGUCAACACUACGCCCCAGCAGACCCAGGAGGUGGUACAAGCUUUCCUAUUGGCCCAGAGCAUGGGCCCCACCCGGCCCUGUCUCGGCUGAUUCCACGAAGAAAAUUGAAAGACAUGUGGGCUUAAGCCUGAUGAGGACACUUACUGAGCCCAAAUGUGUUGGGUUCAGUAGUAAUGCACAGAAAAUUCAAGCAUCACCGGCGAGUCGGUUGGCUUUACGGUCACUGCAGCUGCUAGUACACACACACACAGACAGACAUACACACACAUUUAGUCGUGGAAUAAAAACGUAGAGAAGACACUGUUAUCAAACCUCAUCGACAUUCACAAAAAACCACCAAGAUGCAACUCCAGGCUGGAAGCAGCGUCACCCCACAGAGCAGACUGUUGCAUUACUCCGAGAGAAAGAGGAAAUCGAGAAAAAAAAAAGAAAGAAGGAAACCUCAAGCAUCCUGUAAGGGUGAUCUCUUCUCUCGUCUCGCUCGCCUUUUUCUUUUCAGUUCGGAAUCUGAGAAUUUUUGCUUUUUGUAUUUGAACCAGUGUAGCUCUGAAUGCCAUGAGACUCAUCAUCACAGAUCCAAAAACCAUGUUCUCCAGGGCUAUUUACACCACAGUAUCUGGACUCCUCACCCAUCUGUGGAAAACCAUUUUUAACACACAUCCAUCAACAUCAUCAUUUGGUGGAUCAGCGAUGGGAAAUGUCAGAUAUUUUUGACACUUGUACAGUAAAAUAAUACAGCAGAUUGUACACUUGUUUUUUGUUUUUUUUGCAAAAAAAAAAAUGAAAGUGGCCCCUUAGGAACUCGUGUUGUGAACUGCUUGUUGGAGAGAGAUUACAAACAGUGGAAUGUGUUCAACCUGUUAGUAUAUUGUUACACAUAAAAGACCACAGUUCUUGUUUCAAUAUAUUUUAUCUUUUUUUUUCCAGCUUAGUACUGAAAAUAAUUAAAAUGCCUACAAUUUAUAUACAAAAUGGUAUGUUUAUGUAGCCCUUUGUGUAUGCUUUUCAAAGAAACAGCUCAACACUACUACGUUAAAACAAGGGACAGGAGUGAAAAGAGGAAGAUGCUACAUGUACAGAGGUCUAUGCCUCCCUUUAUUUGCUCAAGUAUGAGUGAGUGUGUGUGUGAUACACAGGUAGAACUCUGGCUGCCCUAAAGUGCUCCACUGAUGAUUACCAGCCUUACACCAGCUUGCAGUUAUCUGUCUGUAGACGGACCCAUACAUCUAAGUGCUAAAUAAACGACUAUACCCUUAAGGGCACUAACAAUGGGGACCAAUAUUGUGUAUUUGUGCGAAUGUGUGUAAGUGUGUGUGUGUUGCGAGCCUGUGCAUCUGGCCUCUCCUCUCCACUCCUUCCUGGCUUAUACCCAAUGAAUGCAAAUUCCAGAUUUAUUUUGACUGGAAUGUGUUUUCCAUCAGCUCUCACCAUACUGACUGUUUAUGUCCAAAUUCUCAUCAGUUGUUACUUCAGAGCUUGCUAGGGGGGUGGUUUUCAAUAAGAAUGAACCAAUUGGAAAUAAUGACCCUAAACACAACUAAAACCUCAUCAUUUUGAACAUUUGUCUUGCAGUUUGAUCUCUGAUACAGCACUUUUAAAGAAUCCGGUCACUCAAAUGACCUUAAAAUGUUCACUUGCAUCUAUCGCAGGGCUUCCCAACAGUAUUUGCUUUUGACCAUAGCCAAAACACAUUUUAUUUUAAAGAUGGUACCAAUAUUGAAUCUACAUCCUUAAAUAUUUAUUGUGUUAACAUAAACACACAACAAAAACAAAAAGUCAAAAAAUUACCAGCUGUAAGGAUAUUGAACCGAAUGUGAACUUGACAGUGUAAAAGAAAGCAGCUUUUGGAUGUCAAAUUUGUGCCCGAAUGGUCUGAAACGUAGCAUUUCUCUGACAAUUUUGUGACUUAUUGGUCAAUAAAUAUAAAUCUGUAUUUAGCUAUUAUUUGCCAAAAUACCAACAUGGUCAUUAUUGUGCCUCAAAGUACGAUGUCAACUUUGCAACCUCAGAAGUUAUGAGUAAUUAAAUCGUAGUUUUAUUUUAGGUAUGAAAAGGUACAGUCAUUUACCAGGUUGAACAUAUUUUAAUUUUUGUCUUCUCCCUAUGAUAGUAAUCAAUUUGCAAAUGUAGCACUGCCGCUCAGUCAAAUCAUUGCUAAUUUGACUGGAAACAAAAGAAAUAGACCCUACGACAACUCAAAGAGUAGGGACACAUUGAAGGAAAAGUUACUGUUUAUGUCAUGAUUCUGUCGGGUUGGAGGCAGACAUUUUAAAGAUAGGAAUCACUUUCUGCAUGCCUAAAUACCGUUAAAGGUAAGGAAGGAAUAUUCUCAUGAGGUGAACUGACCCUUUAAAGAUGUGCUGAGUGAAUAUUUAUAGUUGUGGGACAAGCAUAGCUCUGUGGCGAACUGAUGAGAUUUUGCCACCGAUGGAAAAUGUGAAACAUUUCCAGCUUUAAAAUGAAUUUCCGCUGCAACAUUGCUGAAAAUGUGAUGCCUUCGAUAGGAACCCCAGUGUUUUGGUUUCAAAUGAAUGAAGAAAAGGAGCUUUGCCUUGCUGUUGCUUCAGUGCUGUCGGAUGUCUCCCUCUCUAGCAGUGAUGUGAGGGCUCUAGCUGAGGAGGUCCAGCCUUAGCCCCCCCCCCCUUAAAGGACGCUCAGCUACACUCUCGAUGCUUCGGCUUCAACAAGCGCACCCUUAACCCUCUGGGGGGCCGAGAACCUUUUUCCAGGGCAGAGGUGGUGAUGAAUGUUACCUGCAGUCGGUAUUUCCAAGCAGUUCGUAACACAGAUUUACAUUCGGCAAAAAAUGUAUUAUUCCAGUGACAAAUGGUCAAUACAUAUCUUCUAGUAAUUAAUUACAAAAUAUAAUGGAAAACUUCCCUUAAUACUACAUUUCUUUCCUUCCCAGGGUUCAUUUUGUUCUUCUGUAUACCUACACUGACUACAUUUCAUCAAAGGUCACAUGCCGACCUUUUGAAUUGCAUUCUGGUCUAUUAGGGCUACUUAUUUGGAGCUAUUUGCAAGACAUUUUUUGUGUUUUCUUUUCCUGUACCUACCAUAAAAGUGAUUUUUACACAAAGCAUUUUCUGUCCAAAUUCAGGCUGAACUCUCACAAUGUUGUUAUAUGUUCUGUCUGGCCAAGAAAAAUGAAGAAAAUGGACACAGAAUGUUAUUUUAAACAGUGUUGAAGUGUCAAUAACCCAGCUGUCUGUUAGAAUGUAAGAUUGACAAUACCUACGAGUCAUUAUGAUCUGCUGACAACUGAAAGGGAAAACCAUGGUUUCAGUGCUGCAGAGGGUGAGAGGGUGAGAGGGCGUGAGCUUGCUGGGAAAUAUGGACAAAGUUGAAGAUGUUCAAUAAAGCUGUGAUAUCUCCAACAAGCCUGUUUCUCUCUACCAGUCCAGAUGAUUGACACCAAAUGUUUCACUGUUGUCUUGUUACUGCUUCACUGUUAGCUGCAAACACAUUAAAACGUAUAUCAUUGAUCACAAAAGCCA